UAAGCUCCGCAAUAUCUAGUUGAAUUUUAAAGUGUACAUUGUGGACAUACAGAAUAACCACAAGAUUGGUAACGACGCAGAAAUGGUUGAGUUUGGUAGAGUUGGGCUUCUUAUAAUCGUAUUGAAACUGGUAUCGUCGCAAGACAGAUCAAUCGAUGGACUAUUAUAUCCUAGAGAGUCAGAAACGAGAGAGAUCAUAUCCCUAGAUGGAAUGUGGGAUUUCGCAAAAUCGAAUCCUUUCAAUGCGACCCAAGGUUUGCAAGAGUCAUGGUUUGUCACGAACCUCGACGAAUCAGUAGCUAUUGCAAAGGUACCCGUCCCGUCAAGUUUUAAUGAUCUCGAUACCGACGAUUUGACACGGGAUCAUACCGGAACGGUUUGGUAUGAGCGAAAGUUUUUCGUACCAAGUUCCUGGAAUGGUCUACGAGUCGUGUUGAGGUUCGGCAGUGUCCAUUACGAGGCUAAUGUUUGGAUUAAUGGUGAACUUGCUGUUCAACACACUUUCGGUCACCUUCCAUUUGAAGCUGAUGUAUCGACCUAUCUCGACUAUGGAAACGAAAAUCGAAUUACAGUUCUUUGUGACAAUACUUUGACUCUUACAACAAUUCCACAAGGGCAGAUGUCCCAAUCAAAUGGUGAUAAUGGAAUCGUGCCCAUCCAACAGUACAAAUUUGACUUUUUCAACUAUGCUGGCAUCCAUCGUUCGGUUCAGCUGUAUACAACACCACUUGCGUACAUAAAAGAAGUGAAUAUAGGUACUACAUUAGUUGACGAUGAUGGUCGUGGAUACGUGGACUUCGAAAUCAUUCCAAGCGAUGAUUCUGUAGUAAACUCCGCAAAUGUUUUUAUUUAUGAUAAAGAGAUGAAUCUGGUUGCAACACAGUCAGUUGCUAUGGAUGGAGGGAUGCGAGGCGUGGCAAUUAUAAACAAUGUCCGAAGAUGGUGGCCAUACCUAAUGAAUCCAGACCCAGGCUAUCUGUAUACGAUUGAAGUACGAAUUUCGACUCAAACUGAACAGGACGUUGAUAUUUAUCGCAUGAAAUUUGGUGUUCGUACACUCCGAUGGUCGAGCACAGAAUUUCUUAUCAACGACAGACCGGUCUAUUUCCGAGGGUUAGGACUACACGAAGAUUCAGAUUUUCGUGGACGAGGGUUUGAUUUAGCAAUCGUUACAAGAGAUUUUGCUUUAUUACGCUGGAUUGGGGCAAAUGUAUACAGAACUACGCACUACCCACACUCGGAGGAGUCGAUGCAAUUCGCUGACGAGCAUGGAAUCAUGAUAAUCGACGAAUGUGGAUUGGUUCAAACUAAUGUCAACACGGAGAGCUUCGAUGACCAGUUACUUCAGAACCACAGAGCCAAUAUGGAACAGUUGAUUCAUCGUGACCGAAACCAUCCCAGUGUCAUCAUGUGGUCAAUUUCAAACGAACCGAAAUCGGGACAAUCGGGUGCUGAUGAGUACUUCCAAGAUAUCACUACUUAUACCAGACAACUCGAUCCAUCUCGUCCAAUAACCGCUUCGAUUACAACAAACAGGGAUCAGGACCAACUCGCCAAGUAUUUGGAUAUUGUAUCCUUUAAUCGGUACAACGCAUGGAAUUCGAAUUCAGGGCGUCUAGACAUGAUAUUGAAUAAUGUUGUAAGCGAGGCGAGACAGUGGCAUGAGAUGCACGCCAAACCUGUUAUCAUGAGUGAAUACGGAGCAGAGACUGUAGAAGGCCUACAUCUGACACCUGCGUUCGUCUUUUCCGAAGAGUUUCAAAUGAAAUUGUUGUCGAAGCACUUUGAAGCAUUCGAUCAGCUGAGAAGUGAAGGUUUUUUCAUCGGGGAAUUUGUUUACAACUACGCGGAUUUCAAUGCAGCACAGAAUAUCAAUCAAGUUGGCUCUAGCAAGAAAGGUCUAUUCACCAGAAAUCGUCAGCCGAAAAGCGCAGCACAUUUAUUGCGAAAACGUUAUUUUGAUCUUGCUGCAGAAAUCGAUAAAUUUGCUGAACGCCCGAAAAGUCUUUACUUAUACGUCAGUCAGAAUCGGAGAGCACCAUUAGUCUCGAAAGAUAUUUUAUAAUCAGGGGCGAACUGAUAUGUAAGGGUCAACUUUCGAAUAGGACAGGCAAUAAAAGUAAUUGCAACGCAUCACCCUAAUAGGAGAUCAAACAUUUUUUUGAUCAAUUAUUUUAU